AUGACUUCCAGUUCAGCCCCGUCAGACAACUCAUUGUCGAAUUCAAACGCGACCAGUGGAACACAAGCCUUUAUUUUGCAUGUGCUGUGCCCAUCGCUUCCUCCUCCUAAUCGCUUUACAUUCAAUGAUCUGGUACCUUCCAUCACUAUCGCUGGCCUCAAGGCCCGAAUAUCCCAAUCGAUUCCCAAUAGGCCGCCCCCGGAGACCCAAAGAUUGAUAUAUCGUGGAAAGCCCAUCUCUGAUGAUGACUGGACUUUGCAAAAGGUGUUAGAGCCUACAAAUGGCGCCGAAUUCUCCAUGCAUCUCGUUCUUCCACCGGCUCCUCUACCAUCCCAUGUGGCGACUUCCCCCAGACCUUCGCCAUCACCUCAGUAUCAAGCACCCGCCGGCAUGCCUUCACCAGACCAUCUUUUUGCACCUAGCCGAUCUGCUCCGCCAUACCCAAUGCAACAUGGGCAAGAAGUGAGGUACCGAGGACCAAUGGGUCCUAGCGAAGCAGAUAUUGGGCUAGCUCUGCGACGUAAUAUCGAAACUAUCCGCCGCCAAAUCGAACUGCGGGAGCGAGGUGGCUCGCCCCUAUCAGAUCAGCAGGGAGCCGAACAUACCCAACAAUUUCCCUGGCAGCGUAUGACACCAUUCCAAUCUUCAACGACCACGACCACGACCACGUCAACGUCAACGUCAACAAUGUCGUCCCAACCGUCAGGCCUCAGUGCUAGUUUAGCUCAAGAUACUAGACUACGUCUGCACAUACUACGACCGCAAAUUGCGCUAUGCGAAGACCAACUCAAUCGAGGCAUCGCGCCUCCGAUGGACCAGGUGAUUCGCAUUCGGUCACAAUUGUUCGAUAUUCUUGAUGAUCAGUAUAGAAACCCUUUGUCUGAACGCGACGGCUCUAUAGAAGCCUUGCUCACUCGGGUCUUCAACAUAUACACCCGCGCAGAUCAGCUCCGCGUAAGCCAGUCUAGGGCCACCGCAUCCAUGCAGCACAAUAUGCUUGACAGUCCUGCGAACGAUGGACACGGACAGGCCCCCUUAUAUCUUCUCUCGUCGCCAAAUGGAUACCAGGCUCUAGUUAGCUCUCCCGGUGCAGCGAGGUCAAUCGAAUCGUCACUGAGCGCAAUUCGCGCGGCGCAUGCGUCACAGGCUACUAGUCAUCCGCCCCAGGCGCAUCCCAAUCCAAACGCUGCCGUCAUGGAGAAUGCCGUUCGUCAAGCAGUCCUUAAUCAAAGACUGGGCAAUAACGAGCCCGUGGGGUUCGCCCGGAGCAUACGACGCAUUUGGCUGUUUGUUCGACUGUACUUCUUUUGCUAUAUGUUUAGCGAGCCAGGCACUUGGUCGCGAGUCCUGUUGGUGACCUUAGCUGUCAUUAUAUCCCUCCUGUCGGAAACCAGUGUCCCGCGCCAAUUGUACGGGAUGAUUAUUUCACCACUUCAACGACACCUUGAAGGGCUGAUACACUUUUCUGCCGAUGAACACGUGCCGCCGCGCCCUCAAGGCACAGAUGCCGCGGGUAGCUCGGGAUAUGCAAACCAGCCCGGAGAUAACCGAGCUGCCGCCCCAACGGGAUUGCGCCAUAACCUUCGAAGAGUAGAGCGAUCUUUGGCACUAUUUGUUGCUAGCCUGGUGCCGGGAGUUGGGGAGAGGCAUGUCGAGGUGCGCAAUGCAGCCGAGGCCGCUCGGAAUGCAGAGCGCGCAGGAGAAGAGGAGGAGGAACGGCGUAGACAGGAAGAAGCUAGCAACGGCGAAGGGGUAACUGAGCAGGAGCAGCAGAACCAGGAAGAAAAUCCAACUUCCCGCCCAGAGUCGUCUGUAACCAACCCUGCUACUGAAGACGGAGCUGGUGCCUCAAUACCCCGUGGAAAUGAACACGACGCAAGCAAUGCGCAGAAAUAUCACUAA